CGCUUCUUUCACGAGAGACCUUGGUUAAGAAACAAGAGUACUGAAGAUGAGAUUGGCUGCUAUAGUUUUCGUUGGUCUGUUUGCAGUGUCUUGUGGUCAGUACGAUACAUACUACUGUAGAUACUUAACUAAUGCUAACUGUGUAUCCAGACCAGAGGAUCUGCAAUGUGGAACAGAUGGAAACACGUACUAUAAUGACUGUGACCUAUCUAAGGCCCAUUGCAAAAACAAUGCAAUCCACAGAAGGUACAAGGGACCCUGUCCAAAUGAUGCUAGCACCACAACUAAACCUGUAGGUGGUGGCACCACCCAGAUGCCAGUCACAAAUGGUCCCACCCAGAAGCCAGUCAAUGGAUCAGAAAUUGCUUUUGAUAUUUUUUGCCUGGAUUUGUUUCACCAUGACUGUUCAAAUGAAAUGACAGAGGCUCUGUGUGCCUCUAAUGGAAAAACAUACCAGAACCUAUGUGAAUAUGAAAAGACAAAAUGCACACACAGAGACUUACAUAUUGUGAAGAAUGCUCCCUGUAAUUAAUAAAAA